AUGUCCACCAAAACCCUCCGCCGCACCCCCAACUUCCCCGAGACCCGCAAGUCCACCCCGUCCUCCACCUCUUCCAGCUCCACCAUCAAAGCGCCGUCCGCCGUCCCCGCGCCCCUCUCCGUCAACAAAGCCCAGCCGGCGUCCGCCAGCGCCGUCCGCACCACGAAGCGCCUGAACAUCGAGGAGCAGAUGAUCCGCGCCAAGACCAAGGGCGGCAUCCUCGAGGCGGCGGAGCAGGCGGCCAAGAGCUUGAUCCCCCCGUCGCCGGGGCCGGCGCCCAGGGGGCCGCUGCCGGCGGUGCCGAGGAGGAGGUAG